AUGGCAAGCAAAGCAAAAGACCCGGCCGAGAUGGAAAAGGCCUCUAGAUUUGCCCACGUACCGAGAUGCGAAGAGUACGACAAGAUGAUAUCCGGAAUGCUCUACGAUUCUUUUGUUCCCGAGCUCGAAUCGGCACGUCUCAAAGUUCGAAUCUUCAUGCAUAAAUACAACACCUGGUUUCCCGGAGGAGAUAAUGUCACUAUGGAAACACUCGCUAGUGAGCGGUUCCACUUGCUACAAAUACAACUCGGCCAAAUUGGUGAAGAAUCCUACAUCGAGCCUCCUCUGAACGUGGAUUACGGGUGCAACCUCUCAAUAGGCAAGAGAUUCUACAGCAAUUUUGGCCUUACCAUUUUGGAUUCGGCUAUUGUGACUAUUGGCGAUCGGGUCAUGUUUGGCCCCAACGUCAUGAUCUCAACGGCUACCCACGAAAUCGAGGUUGCGAGUCGACGAGACAAUAUCGAGUUCGCCAAGCCAGUGACGAUAGGGGACGAUUGCUGGAUAGGAGGCGGGGUAAUCAUCCUGGCUGGUGUGACUAUUGGCGAUGGUUGCACAAUUGGAGCUGGAGCAGUCGUGACACGGGAUAUUCCAGGUUGGAGUGUGGCCGUGGGUACUCCAGCCAAGGUGAUCAAAAAGGUCGAGAAACUACCUCCAGUGGACAAUUGA